GAAAGGAAAAAAAAAAAGGCAAGAACACAACAUAAACUGCUGCGCCCAAUUCGACAUUGAGAAUUGGCAAGAAUCGAGAAGCGAGAGAUAAGCUAAGGGCAAUAAAGAUAAUGAUUUGAGUGGGCGAACUUCGCGGGGCAAGCCAGAUCGAGUCUUGAACCGCGAGCAGAGGAAAAGAAGGAAGUAAAAUUAUGAGAGGAACAGAGUGCCAAUAUGAAGAGUGAAAAGAAGAUUUGGACACCACAAACGACCUACCGAGCAGGCAGGUUCAUCGCUGCCUUCGCGCUCCGCAUGGAGCACUUCCACUGGGCGUGUUGGCGGGUGUUAUGCUUAUCUAGGGUUGGGGUUAACUUGCGCUGAGCACCACACCAGGUCAAUCCCUUGCCGCCAAGCAUGCCCCACCACGUGACCACACAAAUUCAAGAACUAUCACGGCACAAAUUUCCUGGCGAGCCACUUGCACCAUCUCGGACUUCAACCCAAGCUGAGGACAACGAGUGCCGGUCUGCACACAGUUGCCCAUCAUGUCGCUGGUGUCGGGCGAGAAGAGCAACUUCAACCACAUCUUGCGUCUGCUCAACACCAACGUUGACGGCAAGCAGAAGGUCGUUUACUCCUUGACUAAGAUCAAGGGUGUCGGUCGUCGUUACUCCAACCUCGUCUGCAAGAAGGCCGAUGUCGACCUGAAGAAGCGCGCCGGUGAGCUCACUUCCGAGGAGCUUGAGCGCCUGGUCACCAUCAUCCAGAACCCCACUGCCUACAAGAUCCCCACCUGGUUCCUCAACAGGCAGCGUGAUAUCGUCGACGGCAAGGACUCGCAGAUCCUGGCCAACAACGUCGACUCCAAGCUCCGUGAUGACCUGGAGCGCCUGAAGAAGAUCCGCGCCCACCGCGGUCUCCGCCACUACUGGGGCCUUCGUGUCCGUGGUCAGCACACCAAGACGACCGGUCGCCGCGGCCGGACCGUCGGUGUGUCCAAGAAGAAGGGUGGUUAAGCAUUUUCCUGUGGCGUGCGGCUUCUUUUGGCAUUGCUGUGCUUGGCUUUUUGGCGGUGUUAUCCCAAGGCUAAGGGGGGUGGUCAUGGACGGCUCGGGUUGAUUUUAUUUUACCUUGCGAUACAGUCUCCGCAAUUCACUGGGGAACUCGCCGGACUGCUAAAGGGGACCACCAUGAUUCACAGCAUGACAAUACAGGCGCGGAUAUGAAAAAGGGAAUG